CCAAACUGCAGAGAUUUGCGUGAUUUACCCAGACACAACAGUAUGAGUAUUUCGCUUUGACAAAGACGAAGCAAAGCAGUCCCAGUGUCUUGUAACAUCUUAAAAUAUGGCCAAGUUCAAGAACCUGCUAUCUGGGUUAUUCCCGAGGACUAAUUCAAAGCUGGAAACCGAUGCCGCCGUAAUUCCGCGAAGAACCGACGCCGAGGACGCUGAAAACAAGAACGAAACAACGACGGCAAAUGUCCCAGUUCCCGAGGCGACCGCAGAGGUUCCCGGAACUUCCGCGUUGGUUCCGGCAGCGACGACGUCAGAAGAUGAACCACUGCAGCUUCAGCUGGUCAACCCGGCGCUCACCCAAAACAUCGUGAACAACGUGCAGAACAAUACACUCAGCGGACCGCAAACAACCAUCAGCGCGGGAGGAGUUCAUGUCGUGCACAUAAAGAAUGCUAAAAACUUUCAAAUCGGAAACAGUUUCACGUUCAAUUUGGCCACCGAAAAUGGCAACAACAAACCAACCAACAGCAACGGACAGGUAAAGUGGGCCAACCUUAAGCUGUCCGACACAAUCCGCGAGAUGAUGAAGUGCGAGGACGAGCUGGAUAUCGGAAUGAUGGACGCCAUCUCCAGGCACCUGGGCUACGAGUGGAAGGCCUUCGCGCGAACGCUGGACUAUUCCGAGGGGCAGAUUGAAGCCUUCGAGUGCGAUCACAAAACGCUCGCUGAGCAAAUUUACCAAUUUGUACUCGACUGGUCCCGGAACGACGACAAUCCGACACUUGGCCGGAUGGUGGAGCUGCUCUGGGAGAACAAACACAAGGAGACGGUCUACCGGAUGAAGGUGCUGUGGAAGGAACGGCGGCGAAAUGCUGCCAACUCCAACUAGUGUGGUGUGCCUUUCCCAAGCUAAGUGGGAAAACCCAAAUUAGUUAUUCUUAGUGUACGUGUUAAACCAUCCGAGAUGCAAGGGGAGAAAAUGAAUCGUUCCGUGAAGUGCCUUAACUACAUAUACAAUAUUCUGGCUGUUAUUCGUACUACUUUUGACAUUCCAAAUUAUACCUAUAUUUUGUAAUAUGUUUAAGCAUAAUUGUUAAAAUAAAAAGCAAGGCUUUACAGCUGCCUUCA